CUCAUUCGUGUGAAAGGCAAGCACAGUUCGCGACAAUGGGUGAGCGGUGAAGACGCUGAGUAGUGGGUCUGAGUUUGGUUUGCUUUCUCUUUGGAGGGAGUUUUGGGGAUUUGAGCGUGAUGGCAGAGUUCAAGCACUUGGUGGUGGUUAAGUUCAAGGAAGAAGUGUUCGUGGAUGAGAUUGUGAAAGGGAUGGAGAAACUUGUUUCUGAGAUUGAUGCUGUCAAGUCCUUUGAGUGGGGACAGGACAUAGAAAGCCAGGAGAUGCUUACACAAGGCUUCACACACGCAUUCUUGAUGACAUUCAAGACCAAGGAAGACUUCACUGCUUUCCUUGGCCAUCCCAAACAUGUGGAAUUUUCUGCUACAUUUUCAACAGUCAUUGACAAGAUUGUGCUGCUUGAUUUCCCAGCUGUUCUUGCCAAGCCACCACCAGCUUGAGUCUACUACUACAAAAACAUUAUUGGACAAUAAUAAUAAGCUAAUUAUGAGUGUGUGUAUGUGUGCGCCUAUGUGUAUUAUUUUUAUGUGUUUGUUUGAAUAAUUAUGGGUUGCUAUGACUGUUGUUAUGAAGCUUUGUGGAUAUAAAUUACCUAUGUAUCAAAACCUUUUAUUCCCUUGUUGAUGAAUGGAUGGUUGUGAUAAAUAUGGAUUUGAUGA